GAGAGAGGAAGACGGGGUCGAUGUGCUCUCUUCCUUACAGUUCUCAUCUUCUUCUUCUAGCGAGCUGUGGAAAAUCUGAAAAACUGAACAAGAAUAAAGAAAAUGUUUGGAUUCUCCACCGGACUUCUGCUCCUUUUAUUCCUGUCUAAUGGUGCUUAUUCUGAGACAAUGAAGGAGGGUGAGGAUAAAGACAUUCCAUGUGACCCAAAGUCAUCAGGAACUGUGUGGUGGUUUCGGCUGAUAAACAACACACAGUCAGAGUUCAUAGCAUCUUUCUCCAGUUCUGGGGACAAAAAAGUUGGAGACCUGGGCAGCAAGUUCGACCAUCAGAAGAUGAAGUCUUCAAAAAUUUUAACACUGAAAGGUUUCAAAAAGGAGACGGACAGUGGCUCCUACAGCUGUGCGACCAUCAACAACAACAAGCUGCUCUUUGGCAGUGUGACCAGCCUACAAGGAACACCAGACCCAAAGCCAGAAACCAAAGUGGUCCCAACAACCAGAGCAACACCUGAGCACUUCACGACUAAAAGCACAGUGUCAUGUAAACCUAAAGAUCAAGAGAGAAAGCCGGUCAGAGCGGUCACUCUGGGUUGUGAGCUCGUGAUUCUGAUUCCUUUGGCAGCAGGCAGUGGUCUUCUUCUCAUCCUGCUGAUUAUCACCAUUCUGUACUGUAACCAUAUAAGAACAAGACGAUGCCCACAUCAUUACAAAAGACACCCCCGAAACAAACCAGCAGGCCACAGGCCCCUGCCUCACCAGCCCGAAUUCUAGUCUCCAUUUUGACAAACCAACUAAUGCCACCUCCUAUAGAGAGCGACGUGGUAAACAUGGUUAACCUGUAUAUUUCAAAAAUAAUCAUCACUUUCAAAACAAACUUGACGGCCCUCAAAUUUCCCAACAAGCUUUCAGAAAUGUUCCUCUCAAACUGAAUUUCUGGGUUAAAUGAGCUUCAUUAUUCUACAGCUGUAUUAGUUCUUUUUCAGUAACUCUGACUAAUUUUACAUUUUAUC